CCCAGAAAGCCCAGCCACGCCCCCGCCGUGCCCCGCCCAGCCCCAUGGGCGCUACGCCACUGUUUGAAUCCCACCACCUUGGGAACCUGUUACUAAAAUUUUUGGAUCCCACCACUGGUAGGAGCCAGAUCAGCAGAUCCGGCAAAUUACAGAGCAAACUAACCAUCCUGGUUGCAGGGGCUUGGGGUUUUUUUUUUGGGGGGGGGGCGCGGGGACUGGGGCAUAGCCAGCAAAUGUGCAGCAGCAGCAGCAGCUAAACUAAGACUUUGGACUUUUCUCCCCAGAGGGAAGAUCUCGCUGUUUGUGUCUAUGGGAUGCUGCUGCUGUUUGGGGAUCUUGUAUUUAGGCUGGCCAGUUUUUAAUUCAUAUCAAUAAGCAGGGGAGGGUCUUUUCCAAGCCUCGCAGUCCCCUUGCCCUUUUAUCCAUAACAAGCACAAACUUGAACGCAAAAGCUCAUGAAACAUUUUGAGGAAGGAGGGGCCAGCUGGAUGCUCUGGCCUCGCCUUCCUCCUCCAUGGGCCAGGUCGUGGAACAGCUGCACCUUUUCCCGGGCUCGGCUGGGGCCACGCCUACUUGAAGACGGUCAGGCCUGAAUGAUGUUAUAUAUAUAUAUAUUUACGUGCAUUUAGUUAUUAAAGUUAAUAUAUUGAAAUUUAAUAUAUGUGGAAGGGCGGGGAAGACGAUGAAAGCAACACGCAUGCGCAGAAAGUGACAUUUCUGCGGGUCUCUCGGGUGCCCCCAGACCUGGACCCAGCUGUCCCCCCUCCCCCGCAGUGGCACACUGAGGGUUAAAGGGAGCGAGACACGCAGUCCUAGAGCAGCCGCGGCGAGAAGGGCGCCGGAGGGUGGGGGAGCCACUUCCGGUCCCUCCCGGAAGCAGCCUCUGAUCCCCAUGGGAAGCCCCUUGAAUGGCCGGACGGGACGCUGGCAAGAGAGAAAAGACAUAUUUGAUGCCUCCUCCGCCAUCUCCUGCGCUUGGCGAAAGGAAGAGAGCCGCCAUGCAGCCAGCUCAGGCAAGAGUGAAAAGACGUCCUUGAUGCCUUCUCCGCCAUCUCCUGCACUUGGCAAAAGGAAGAGAGCCGUCAUGCAGCCAGCUCAGGGUGGGGUGUCCUUUGAAGAGGUGGCCGUGCAUUUCACCAAGGAGGAAUGGGCCCUGCUGCGGCCCCCCCAAAGGGCGCUGUACAAGGAAGUCAUGAUGGAGAACUUCUGGAAUUUGUCUUCUCUGGGUCCUAUGAUUGCUAAGCCCGAGCUCAUAUCCCAACUAGAAGAGGAAGAAGAGGUGUUGCUUGGGAUCUUUGAUGAAGAGGAGGAACUUCCAGGAGAAUUCAAGUCAGCGAAUGAAGUGAAAGAGUGUGGCAAAGACUCCAGCGAGAGUGGACACCCUGUCACCCAUAAAACAAUUCACAUCGUGGAGAAACCUUAUAAAUGCCAGGAGUGUGGAGUAGCCUUCAGUCAUAGUAGAAGCCUCACUUCCCAUCAAAUCAUUCACACAGGGAAGAAACCAUACAAAUGCCUGGAGUGUGGAAAAGGCUUCAGUUACAGUACAAGCCUCUCUAUCCAUCAAAAAAUUCACACAGGGGAGAAACCAUACAAGUGUCUGGAGUGUGGAAAAGGCUUCCGUGAGAGUGCACAUCUCACUUCCCACCGAAGAAUUCACACAGGCGAGAAACCAUAUAAAUGCCUGGAGUGUGGGAAAGGCUUCAUUCAGAGUGGAAGCCUUACUUCACAUCAAGGAAUUCACACAGGGGAAAAACCAUAUAAAUGCCUGGAGUGUGGAAAAGGUUUCAGUACAAGUGGAAGCCUAACUUCCCAUCAAAGAAUACACACAGGGGAGAAACCAUAUAAAUGCCAGGAGUGUGGAAAAGGCUUCAGUCAGAAUGGAACCCUUACUUCUCAUCAAAGAAUUCACACAGGGGAGAAACCAUACAAAUGCCAGGAGUGUGGGAAAGGUUUCAGUUACAAUACAAGCCUUACUUUGCAUCGAAUAAUUCACACAGGGGAAAAACCUUAUAAAUGCGUAGAGUGUGGGAAAGCCUUCAGUUUCAGAGCAAGACUUCAUUCCCAUCAGAGAACUCACACAGGGCAGAAACCAUAUACAUGCCUGGAGUGUGGGAAAGACUUCAGUGAGAGGGGACACCUUACUUCACAUCGAAGAAUUCAUACAGGGGAAAAACCAUAUAAAUGCCUGGAGUGUGGGAAAGACUUCAAUAAUAAAACAAGACUGACUUCCCAUCAAAGAAUUCACACUGGGGAAAAACCAUAUCAAUGUCAGGAGUGUGGAGUAGCCUUCAGACACUGUGCAAGCCUCACUUCCCAUCAAAGAAUUCACUCAGGGCAGAAACCAUAUCAAUGCCAGGAGUGUGGAGCAGUGUUCAGGCACAGUAGAAGCCUCACUUCCCAUAGAAGAAUUCAUACAAGGGAAAAACCAUACAAAUGCCUGGAUUGUGGAAAAGCCUUCAGUUAUAAUACAAGCCUUACUUCUCAUAAAAAAAUUCACACAGGAGAAAAACCAUAUAAAUGCCUGGAGUGUGGAAAAGACUUCAGUGAGAGUGGACAUCUUACUUCUCAUCAAAGAAUUCACACAGGCGAGAAACCAUACAAAUGCCAGGAGUGUGGAGUAGCCUUCUGUCACAACACAAGCCUUACUUCUCAUCAAAAAAUUCACACGGGAGAAAAACCAUACAAAUGCUUGGAAUGUGGGAAAGCUUUCAGUAAGAGUGGAAGCCUUUCUUCCCAUCAAAGAAUUCACACGGGGGAGAAACCAUAUAAAUGCCUGGUAUGCGGAAAAGGCUUCAUUCAGAGUGGAAGCCUUACUUCCCAUCAAAGUAUUCACACAGGGCAGAAACCAUAUAAAUGUCUGGAAUGUGGAAAAGGGUUUAAUAGGAGUGGAAACCUUUCUUCCCAUCAAAGAAUUCAUACAGGGGAAAAACCAUAUAAAUGCCUGGAGUGUGGAAAAAGCUUCAGUGAGAGUGGAAGCCUUACUUCCCAUCGAAGAAUUCACACAGGAGAGAAACCAUAUAAAUGCCUGGAGUGUGGAAAAAGCUUUAGUAAGAGUGGAAACCUUAGUUCCCAUCAAAGAAUCCAUACAGGGCAGAAACCAUACAAAUGCCGGGAGUGUGGAAUAGCCUUCAGACACAGUACAAGCCUGCCAUCCCAUCAAAGAAUACACAUGGGGAGAAAUAAAUGCCUUGAGUGUGGAAAAGGGUUUAGUUGGAGUGGAAACUUUAUUUCCAAUCACAGAAUUCACACAGGGGAGAAAUCAUAUAAAUGCUUGGAAUUUGGAAAAGGCUUCAGUCACAGUACAAACCUUACUUCCCAUCAAAGAGUUCACACAAGGGAAAAACCAUAUCAGUACCCAGAGCGUGAAAAAGACUUCAGUGACAGUAAAAGGCUUACUUCCCAUCAAGGAAUUCACAUAGUGAGAAAUGAUGUAAAUGUCUGGAGUACAGUGAAAGCUUAUCUUAGAGUGGAAACUAACUUCCCAUCAAAAUUUUCUCACCUUACAUGAAUAAACAAUAUAAUACCUGGAGCGUGGGAAAAGUUUCAGCUAAUUUCACAUCUCAGUUAUCAUCAAAGAAUUCACACA